CUGGAUUAGCUCAGUAACAAAAUGGCGAAUCUGCCAAAAAGUACAGUAAUUUGUUCCCGGAAACGUUUGGCCAGAAUUCGUUGUCUGAAAGAGUGUAUACAAUGUUUUAAAGCCAAUACACUGCUUCCUAUUGAUUUAUGCUACAUAUCUGCAGAGGUUGAAUUCAAAACGACGAGUGAUACUCGCAAGAUACUAUUUUCAGAACCGAGUAAGCAAAGUCAAAAAAUUGCUGAGUUGAAAUUAUGUAAAAGUGGAAGUGUAUUCAUCUGCUCCGGAGAAGAGUUCUGUAAUUCUCAAGGUCAAUGGGCUAAGGUGACAUCGUAUAUAUUAAGCGAGACAGGUGCCACUCAAACAUCCCAGUCAACAGUUGAUGAAACCACUGAACCAAUGAGAGUUGUGCCUGAACAGGAUACCUGGAUUAUCAUACAUGAUAGCCAGAAGGCUACCAGAGACAAGAAUACAUUGGUUUCUGCCAAUGAAGAUGUGAUUUUACAAAGCAAAAAAGACCAAACAAAUGGAAGGAUACCAAAGAAAAAAUUGUCCAGCUGGGAGGAGAUAGUUGAACAAAAAUACACACUAAAACUUGGAAAACCCAUGGAAGUGACUGCCAUGGAUACGGAAGCUGUUGCUAGGUUACAAAGUGUGCCCCCAGGGUGGAAUAUAGAGCAUGAUGAAGAGUUGGUGCAGUUCCUGGUUGAUAAUAUUGAGCCUGAGAAUGAAACUCUUGGUAGCAUCAAGAAUUAUGUGGAAUCAAUAGACGUUUCAUCAUUCUGUGAUGAUGAUGGGGCAGAGAACAUGACUGAUGGAGAUCCAGAGACGUUCUGGGAGAGUGACGGCAGCCAGAACCAUCACUGGGUCAAACUAAAGAUGAAGAAAGGAACAAUCAUCAAGAAACUGCUGAUUACUGUGGAUGGGAAUGACGACAACUAUCUACCUUACCGCAUCAUUGUCUCAGGGGGAGAAACUGACAACCUCAAGAAGCUAAACGACAUGAGAGUAGACCAAAACAUGAGUGGCAUAAUGGAUGUUUGUAUAUUGGAAGAUAUGACUGAACACUAUCCGAUGAUAGAAAUCAAAAUCAUGGAAUGCAAAGAUGAGGGCAUUGAUACUCGUAUACAUGGCAUCAAGAUAAAGUCCAGUAAGGAAAGGGAGAUGGGACUGAGCAAAGACCUGUUUACUAAAGAUAGUCUUAUACGCUACCCACGUCUAGAUGGGAAGACCCCUGAGGCCCUCUAUAGGAGAUCCUUACUACUUCAAAGGUUUAUUAGUCUUCUUGAUAGUGUGCUUCCCUAUAUUAUACCAAGUUGGGAGUUUAGUAUAGGUUCAUAUAGCAGUAUGGAAGUCAUUAGACAACUACUACCUUUAUCAAAGAAGCGCAUGUCACUUCUUGAAACCUUUCUUAGGGAAUCAGAACUUGGUCGUCCACCAAGAAUACCAAAAUUGUUUGUAAAUCGCCGGUCUGCAGCCGACCACAAACAAGAUCCUAGUCUAGAUCCUGAGUGUAAAAACACAGUCUUUAACCAAAUAUAUGAGGGACUCAAACCCAGGGAUAGAUAUGAAAAACAGUUAGAUUACAGAUGGCCCAGUCGAUAUGACCAAUGGUGGGAGUGUAAAUUUCUAUCUGAGGGCAUCAUAGACCAAGGGGGAGGUUUCAGGGACAGUCUGGCAGAUAUGGCUGAAGAGUUGUGUCCAUCAGACAAUGAGGUCCCCAUGCCUUUGCCUUUCUUUAUUAGAUCACCCAACCAGUCCCAUGAAGACUCCAAUGUUAAUCGUGAUGUUUAUGUGCCAAAUCCACAAGUUACAAUGUUUGAGAAAUACGGUUGGAUCGGUCAGUUAAUGGGAGCGUGUUUCCGAGGUAAAGAAAGCCUUGUUCUAUCAUUACCAUCAUUUAUUUGGAAAAAACUAGCAGGAGAAAGUACAUCGUGGUCACGUGACUAUCCUAGCGUUGAUGCAGCUGAAGUGAAACUAAUUGAUACAAUAAGAGCAAUGGACAAAGAUGCCUUUGAGGCUUAUUUUGGUGAGGGGAGUGAAAGGACUUGGACUACGACACUAAGUGAUGGUAGUGUUAAGCUCCUAAAAGAGGGGGGUGUAGAGGAAAAGGUGCAAUAUGAAGAUAGGUGCAGUUACUGUGAUAUGGUUCAACAGGCAAGGAUGCAAGAAUCCCAAAGUCAGGUUGAAGCUCUCCGUCAAGGGCUUCUUAAAGUGGUACCCCAGUCAGUGUUAGAUUUGCUUACAUGGCAGGAAUUAGAAAGGCGAAUAUGUGGAGAUCCAGACAUUACCAUAGAACAGCUCAAAAGAUCAACUCACUAUGAAGAUCUAGAGGUGACUGACACACGAGUGAAGUAUCUCUGGGAUGCACUGACUAACUUUUCCAGUGAAGAUAGGAGUCGGUUCCUUCGGUUUGUGACUGGUAGACGGAGACUGCCUGCCCCUCUGUAUAUCUGCCCAGAUAAGGGAGAGAGCAAUGACGCCCUACCUGAGUCCUCAACAUGCUCCAAUACACUUUAUCUACCAAACUAUACAUGUGCCAAAGUUGCUGAGGCAAAACUUCGCUAUGCAGCGUAUAACUGUGUAGCUAUAGACACUGAUAUGAACCCCUGGGAUGAAUGAUCGUGAGAAGACUGUAAUGUGUUACAUUAGUACUAACCUAUGAUUCACUGUCUGAGUUGUGGCAACUUCAACGUACUCUAAUGGGGCAUUGUCCUAGUUUGUAUUGGAGUACCUGGAUCUACCUUGAUAUGCUUUUUGAUGUUAUAAAAUAAACAAGCCAUCUGUCAUCUUGAUUCAUAAGGUUUAGUUGCUCUAUUAGUGCAAGUUAUUUCUGGGCAUCUCUAGCAAACCCUGGAUGCACUAAUAACAUCACAAGGUAACAAAGUUAUGUCUGUUCUGCAGUAUAUUUUUGAUCCCACAUUGUGGUACAUGUUCUUCCUUAUAUUAGUUUAUACUGGCUUAUUAUCCCUAAUAUUUUCUUUUCUAUAUGCAGAAAGUGAGUUCUAGCUGACUUAUACUAUUUACUAUUGGAACUCAGUGUAUCACAGACAUGCAUUUUUGUGUAAUACCACUCAUUACUUCAGUGUGUCCAGGAUAAUGUUGCAGUAUUGUGUAAUCAAAUAAGCAUACAAAAUGUUUGUAUUGUUUGUAUAUAAUUAUUAAACAAUAUAGUAAACGUGCACAAGAGUUAAAAGGGAGGUUAAAAGCUGCACAAUCAUCAAAAAUUCUUCACACUGCAAGAUAAUGUGUAGUAUGAGUUUUGAGAGGUCUAUUUUAAUAUAACACCUGUUAUUCUUUCAAUCAUUGGUGUAUUCCCAUUGUAGAAUUUUUGAGUGCUACAGUUAUCCACUGAAAAUAAAAUUACAAACAAAUCAUAAAAGUUUGCUUUAUUGUGUAAAGUAUGUUAGUGUUUAUGUUGAACUAUUAUGGGAUGGAUUAUAGCUUGACACUACAAAAAAGAUUACAGCCAAUGAAUCUGGGAAUAUGCCCUUGUGAAUAUGCCUUCUGAAUGAUGUAUCUUGAGCAGGGAAUAUGCUUUUCAUUUUAAGAUUACAUGUAUGACAUGAAUGUCACAGACUAUUAAUUUAUAUAAUGUUAGGAAUAUGAUUGCUGUAUUUUACUUUACCAUUUAUUUCAUAAAAUGCCAAAUCAGAUCAAAUAAUGCUGAAACUACAGUCAAGAUAGAAGAAUAAUGAAAAAAUUAGAUUCCAGGUCAACUGAAAUUGUUUCACUUUUAAAAUGUGUCUAAAUAAAGUCUUCAAUUGUCCCAGAAGUGGCAUCUCACCUUGUCUCAAAUGUGCCCAAAAUUCAGAGUUUCAGCUCUUUUUGGUCAUAACUCCACAUGCAUUCCAUCAAUUUGCUUGAAACUGUAAAAGUCUUUUUGGACAUAACUCAUCAAUUUGCUUGAAAUUGUACAGGUACCUUAAUUCCUAGAUUAUCAAUAAUGUAACACAGCUUCAAAAUGGCCGUCACUUUUAUUGUGGA